UCAUUGCAACCCAAAAUCCUUUUCUCUCCAACCCUCCUUAUGUCUUCGAACAGCCCUCAACUCAUCUUCGACGUGGCCAGCGCUACGGCCACUGAGGUUCGCGCCAAGCACAACUAUUUUGUCUCUGUCGGCUAUUAUAAUGACCACAUGGGCUUGAGCUGCUUCAGCCCUGUCUUGAACAUCAUGCGGCACCCGCUCUGGGGCAGGAACCAGGAGACAUAUGGGGAGGAUCCAUUCCUGACCACAGAGCUGGGAAUUGCAUUUGUGAAGGGGCUGCAGGGUGACCACCCCCGUUACGUCAAAGCUAGUGCUGGCUGCAAGCAUUUUGAUGUCCAUGGGGGUCCUGAGAAUAUCCCCAUAUCCCGGUUUAUCUUUGAUGCCAAGGUGGAAGAGCGUGAUUGGCGCAUGACUUUCCUGCCUCAGUUUGAAGCCUGUGUGCGGGCUGGAACAUUCAGCUUCAUGUGCAGCUACAACAGAAUUAAUGGAGUCCCAGCCUGUGCUAACAAGAAGCUGCUGACAGACAUCCUACGUGGUGAAUGGGGCUUCCAGGGUUAUGUGGUGAGCGAUGAAGGUGCUCUGGAGCUGAUCAUGUUUGGACAUCGCUUCACCCACAGUUUCCUGGAGACUGCAAUUAUGGCUGUGAAUGCAGGAUGUAAUCUGGAGGUUUCUUAUGGGAUAAAGAAUAAUGUUUUCAUGCACAUAACUGAAGCAUUUGCCAAGAGCAAUGUUUCUUUGGAACUGAUCCGGGACCGUGUCCGCCCACUUUUCCGCACCCGUAUGCGCCUGGGAGAAUUUGACCCACCAACCAUGAACCCCUAUAACGCACUGGGACCUAAGGAUAUACAGUCAGAAGCCCACCGCAGUCUGGCCCUCAAAGCUGCCCUCCAGAGCUUCGUUUUGCUGAAGAACCAGAACGGAAUGCUGCCUUUUAAGGCAGAAUACGUAUUGCGCAAGACCAUUGCAGUGGUCGGGCCCUUUGCAGACAACGCUGAUCUUCUCUUUGGGGACUAUGCUCCAGUCUCAGAACCUCAAUACAUUUAUACACCCAGGAGGGGCUUGGCAACUAUCUCGGCAAAUGUUACCUAUGGCCUUGGUUGUGAGCAUCCGAGAUGUGAGCAGUACCAUCCCGACGAUGUGAAAGCUGCAAUAAAAGGAGCAGACAUUGUGGUUGUGUGCCUUGGGACAGGAACUGAGCUGGAGAAAGAAGCCAAUGACCGUAGCAACUUGUCUUUGCCCAGACAUCAGAUGGACCUUCUGCAGGAUGCUGUGACCUGGGCUGAUGGCCGUCCUGUGGUUCUGCUCCUGUUCAACGCAGGCCCGCUGGAUGUAAGCUGGGCCAAGGAAAAGGAUGCUGUGGGGGCAAUCGUAGCCUGUUUCUUCCCUGCUCAGGCCACAGGGCUGGCUGUUGCCAAGAUGUUGGUGGGCGCUGAAGGGGCAAAUCCUGCUGGCAGGCUUCCAGCUACGUGGCCAGCGGGGAUGCACCAGGUACCACCAAUGGAGAACUACACAAUGAUUGGCAGGACGUACCGCUACUACGGGAAAGAGGCUCCGUUGUAUCCCUUUGGCUACGGGCUCUCGUAUACCACCUUCCAGUACAGUGAUCUGGUAGUGAGUGCUGACCAUGUGCCCAUCUGUGGCAAUCUUAGCAUCUCCGUGGUGGUGGAGAACGUCGGGUCCAGAAAUGGUGAAGAGGUGGUGCAGCUCUACCUCUGCUGGGGACAGGCAUCUGUGCCUAUGCCCCGCUGGCAGCUAGUUGGCUUCCUCAGGUUGCCAAUACCCCAAGGACAAGCUGCCAAGGUGACCUUCCCAUUAUCUUUCAGCCAGAGAGCCAUAUGGACUGGACAAUGGUGGCUGGAGCCUGGCCCUUUCACCCUCUUUGUUGGCGGUCAGCAACCCUUCCAAGAAGUACGCCUUCCUUCAAAUGUCCUCCAAGCCAACUUUGAUGUCUUUGGGAAUUCCUGUAGCACAAGCCAAUGCUAGUCUCCCAAAUAGGCCAGGAUUGCUCAGGAAAACAGCCAAGUGGCUUGCUGAGUCAGAGUUUAUCUGAAGGGAAGUUUUUCACUAAGUAAAAGCUUGUAAUAGAGAAAGCCCGUGUGAGGUUUCUGAGAAGGUAUGACUGUUUGUCUGAGUGCGUGUGUGUGGCAGUCUUGUUUUUACUAACCCCAAUUUGCACUGAUGAUGGGUGAGGGAGGGGAUGCCCUGGAAAGAAAAGAUUGCCAGGAGAAUAACAGAUUGCUCACAGAAUAGUAAUAAAUGCCAUUUUCAAAUGGU